AUACUAAAGUCUAACUUCCGCCCACUUCUUUCUCUUCCGGUUACGGCGAAAACAGCUCCAGGAUGGUGCAGCGCCUGACUUAUCGCCGUAGGUUGUCCUACAACACCGCCUCUAAUAAAACCAGACUAUCACGGACACCUGGCAACCGAAUUGUGUACCUGUACACCAAGAAGGUUGGCAAAGCCCCCAAGUCAGCAUGUGGCAUCUGCCCCGGUAGACUGCGUGGUAUUCGUGCCGUUAGACCCCAGGUUCUGAUGAGGCUCUCCAAGACCAAGAAGCAUGUCAGCAGGGCUUAUGGUGGAUCCAUGUGUGCAAAGUGUGUCCGUGACAGGAUCAAGCGUGCUUUCCUGAUUGAGGAGCAGAAGAUCGUUGUCAAGGUGCUUAAGGCACAAGCACAGAGCCAGAAAACGAAGUAAAAUGUGUAUUUGCAUUGCCACAAUAAAAAAAAAACAUUA